AUGUCAUCUACACUACCUAAGCGAAGAGGAGCCUCCGGAGCUCGUAGACCUUCGUCAUCGACUCCACAGCAACAGCGCAAUGUUUCUACUACAAACAGAAUUCUCCUGACGCGGAUUCUUUCGGAUUCUAGUGGACUAAUUGAUGAUCCGAUUCACUUCCAUCAGAAUAAACACACAAUCUUAUCCAAUUUCGAAGAAUGGAUCAAGAUGGCUACCGAUAAUAAGAUUACUGUCAAGAACAGUUGGAACUUCGGCUUGAUUGACUAUUUUGCUGAUUUGAAUGUUAUUAAAGAUGGUGAAAAUAUCAAUUUCCAACGAGCCAGUGCUACCUUGGAUGGUUGUGUUAAAAUCUACAGUAGUCGUGUCGAGAGUGCUGCUAGUGAGACCGGGAAGUUAUUGAGUGGAUUAGCCAAGAAGAAGGAGCACGAAGAACAAAGUGAAACUGAAGAAGAUGCCGAAGGUGAAGGAGAAGAAGGAGAGGACGGCGAAGGCGACGAAGAACCCAAAAAGAAGAGGAAAAUGAACAGGAUAGUUGAAUCUACUUUGGUCGAUUUUGACACCAUCAAGAUAAAGAAACUUGAACAGGAAUUGGCCAUUGAUCCGUUAUUCAAAAAAGCCCUUGCAGAGUUUGAUGAAGGUGGAGCCAAAAGUUUAUUGUUAAACUCGUUAAAUAUCGAUAAUAACGGGAGAGUUGUGUUUGAUGCAACUACAAACCCAGAUGCAGAAACAACUGAACAAGUGGAAACCAUAGUCAAUGAUGAUAUUGAUAUGAAGUCUCUUUCCAAAAUCGUCCUACGUGAUUCUGGAUUGGACGAUCUUACCUUGGUUCCAUCCCUUGCUGAAUUCCAAUCAGCAUUGGAAGACGUUGAACUGGCUAAAACCAUAUUGACCGAUUUGAGCAGCAAGAACAACGAAACAAAUCAUUACCCUACUCCUGCUGAAUCUAACGAAUACGAUUUCUUUGAUGACGACAUGAAUGAUUUCAACGCAGAUGACGGAGAUCUUGGGCCACCACCUGAAGUCGAAACUCCUGCACAAGCCAAUAAUACCACGGACCCAUACAAUCUCACUCAAACUCUCCUACCGCGAUUAUUUGAAGAAGAACCUCGAUACGAGAAACAACAGGAAGAAGUGCUAGAUCGCGACUUAAUGGCGUAUUUCGAUGAUCGAAUGAGACACAAUUGGCGAGGACCCGAACAUUGGAAAGUGACUGCUUUCAAGCGUGCCAACAACAUUGAUCAAGAAUCAAAGCCUAAAGCCGAUACUCAACAAACAACUCAUGAAAAGAAGAAGCACGAUGCCGUUGUGGUUGAUUUCUUUGGCGAUGAUGUUGAUGAAGACACCCUUUUUGAAGCACCCAGAAACCCUCUGACUCUUGUGAAGAAGGAAAACUCCGGGCUUAAUAAAUUACCUGAUGAUAUACGAUACACUUCAUCUCGCUUGAUCACGUUAUUCACGAAGCAAUUCACAAUAUCAACAUACUCAGUUAAGCCACAAGCUACACUCACAGACGCCCAAUUCUUUGGUGAUGCGUAUAAAGAGCAAGAGGAACGUGAACGAUUAGAAAAGUCGUUCCGAGAAGCUGAAUUGGCUGACGAUGACGGGUUUAUUGAGAAUGACUUUGGUGGAAUUGAUUUCAAUGACGCCUUGGAAUCAACUAAAGUGGAGGAGAAAACCACUGACCAGGGAAUUAUGGGAAAGAGAAGUGGUGAAUAUGUCAGUUUUUCACGGGUGGCUAAGCGGGUUAAUGUUCGUUUGUUGAAGGAUAAUAUGUGGGGAGCUAUUAAACAGGAAACAGAUGUGAUAACAGAAGAACCUCAAGAAAGUGAAGAUGCCACCACUGAAGAAGUCAAGCCUGUCAAGUUUGGUCAAAUUGUGAGUAAAAUUUCCACCAUGUAUAAACCGGAACAGGCUAAGGAUAUAUCUACCAGUUUUUGUUUUAUCUGUCUUUUACAUUUGGCUAAUGAACAUGGAUUGGAAAUUCAAUCGAUAGAAGGUGGGAAUGAUUUAGAGAUCAAAGGAAAUCAAAUGGCGUCCGAACAAGGCACGAUUGAGGCAUUCUAA